UAUAAUAAUCUAUUAGUUGUUACUAAUGUAUUAACACAAAUAUAAAUGUAUCAUUAAUCAAUCAUCUCAUUCUUCAUUCUGAAGUAAUGGUUCUUAGCAGUUUAAUACCGCCACUUCAAUUUAAUAUAAAACUUUUUUAUUUUGGUACUUACAAAUUAAUUGAAACUAACAAUAGCCAUGACAAGGAAAUCAAGGUCGUUCUACGCAUAUUUAUUUUCAAUUUUCAUAGUAUAUAUUUUCGUCAGCUCGAAGAUAUUACCAAUAGAAUCAGCAAGAAUAUUGGCAGUAGAAACAAUUGCUGGCAGAAGUCAUUGGAAUUUCGUAAGUUCUAUACUCCGUGUCUUGUCAAAUAAUGGCCAUCAUGUUACUGUGUUUACACCAUUUCCCGAAGGCAACCGAGACAACUAUACAGAGGUAGAUACAUCGAAUGAUCACGCAACAUUAAUAGAACUGAAUUUAAUCGAUGUAGUGGAUUUGUGGGGAUCUCCGACAGCGAUGGUCGAAUUCAUUAGAACUAAACGUAUACCCGUUUGUGAUGCAGUGUAUAAAAGUGUUGAGUUAAACAAAGUAAUGGAAGAAAAAGAAAAUUUCAACUUCGACCUACUCAUCAUUGAAACACUGGGAUACGAUUGUGAAUUAUAUUUGGCUAGUAAAUUAAACUUGCCUUUGAUCUAUUUGAUUUCAUCGCCAAUGGUAACAUUUCAAGAACUAUUAAUUUCCGGUGACAUCCCAAACCCAGCAACGAUUUCACAUUUAUAUGCUGAUCACGCCAUUCCUAAGACAUUCGUGCAAAGAUUUUCAAACACCUUAGUAUUGGGAUACAGUAUGAUGCUUUUGAGUGUUGACAAAUGGAUAAGGAAGUAUACAAUCAAUAGACCAUAUAAUUGGAUAACCAAUACUGUUCAACCAUCACUGACAUUUGUAAAUAGUCAUUUCAUAAGUGAGGCUUCGAGACCAUUUCCACAAAACGUAAUACAAGUGGGUGGCAUACAUUUAAAACCGCCAAAGAGUAUACCUCAUGAUAUAUUAGAAUUUAUUGAAAAUUCUCCACAUGGGGUAAUUUUUUUCUCAUUAGGUUCAAUGGUUAAUAUGUCUACAUCACCUGAUUAUAUAAUAAAUUCGUUGAAGGACGCAUUAGCCCAAGUUCCUCAAAGAAUAUUAUGGAAAUAUGAAGGUGAAAUGGUGAAUAAAACAAAAAAUAUUAUGAUAAGAAAGUGGUUCCCUCAAAGGGAUAUUUUAUUGCACCCCAAUGUAAAAUUAUUCAUCAGUCAUGGUGGAAUGUCAGGAGUUUAUGAAACAGUGGAUGCUGGCGUUCCAGUUCUUGGAUUCCCUUUAUUUUAUGAUCAGCCAAGAAAUAUAGCUAACUUGGUCAAUGCUGGAAUGGCCAUUUCCAUGGAUAUUCUAUCUGUGAAAAAAGAUACAUUUUUAAGAAAUGUAUUAGAACUAGUAAAUGAUAAAAAGUAUAUGGAAAACGCUAAAAUCGCUUCCGAUAUAUUCAAAGACCGACCGAUGUCCCCGGAACAGUCAAUACUUUACUGGACUGAAUAUGUAAUUCGUCAUAAAGGUGCACCUCAUCUGAUGCCACACUCAUUAAAUCUAAGUUGGUAUCAAUACUUUUUAUUGGAUGUGGUCGCCAUGAUGAUAGUAUUCAUAUGCAUUAGUUUACUUAUGAUGUAUAUAUUGAUAAAACAUUUUCAUAAAUAUAUUUGGGAAAACGUGAUGAAUGUUAAAGUGAAAUCGGAUUAAGUAAGUUAAGAUUUGAUAUUGAGGAUCCAGAAAGAACUCAGUCAUUGAAAUCAAAUUGCUCCGGUUGAAUUUUGAAUUUUCACUGUCACUUUUUGCCUCAGUAUGAGUUAACACCCUGCUACAAAUCAUACAAUGCGUGAUUAGGAUGGUGUUUAUGUGCAGUUCAAAUUGGUUGUUUCACAAUUUUGUAUUACCUUUUAUUAUAAAUAUAGUUUACUUUUAUUUCUUCACCACCUAUCAUAAAUUUGUAAUUAAUCACUCCUCCUUUGCUCUGUAGUUUUUCUUUCUUCUUCCCACAGUCUUCAUAAUUUAUUAUAUCUUUAUUUUAGUAGUUCUCGCUUACUGAUGUAAUAAUUAUGAACAACAUAUACACCGUCAUUAGAAUACCUACUGUAUUUUCGUACCUGCACAUUUCUUACCUUCAAAGACUUCAAUUUAAUAAAUUGUUUUGAUGUUUUUUAAA